UGGUCCGGUGUAGUGUCUUUGCAUGGAAACAUGGCACAUCUCCUGGUGCGGCUUUCUUCUGUACUUUACAACAGAACCUUCAUUAAGAAGGCUGUGUCGAAGAGCCGGGCUCUUCUGUACCGACCAUUGAGCACAGGAACACAUCUUUUUUCUUUGACACGUUAUGAUGAGUGUGUGGACUGGAAGAAGAAACUAACUCCAGAACAGUAUGUAGUCACUAGAGAGAAAGGCACUGAGGUGCCGUUCAGUGGAAUCUAUUUAAACCAUAAUGAUGUAGGCAUGUACCACUGUGUUUGCUGCGAUACACCAAUUUUCAGCUCUGAAUCGAAAUACAACUCUGGAACAGGAUGGCCAUCUUUCUUUGAGGCACAUGGCACAUGGGAGGGAGAUGAGAGUCACGCCAACAUUAUCCGCAGACCUGAUAAUUCUUUAGGAAGCGCGGGAACAGAAAUUAUCUGCAAACAGUGUGAUGCUCAUCUUGGUCAUGUGUUCGAUGAUGGCCCAGAUCCAACAGGCCAGAGAUUCUGCAUAAACAGCACAGCUUUAAACUUCAAGCCCAGAAAAGUCUAAUUCAAGCUCAUACAUAAACACAUUACCCAUUUCCUAUCCGGAUAUGUAAACAGCAAGUGUUUAAACAGAGUCUGAAUGACUCUGUGAGAACUGGGUGUCACCUGCUGUAUUAGGGUUUUUACUUUACUGGGUCUAUAAGAAGUCAUUUUAAGACCAAAUGCAUUCAGGAAUGUUCAACAUGUUUUACUUCUAUUCGUACAGUACAUGCCUUUUCUAUACCUUUUGGCUAAAAGACCCUGGCAUAGCUUUGUGUAGAAAAUGGGAAAGUCAUUAAGGGCAUUAGACAUAUUAUUAUUUUUUUCCGACUUUCCAGCAUUGCUGUUGACAGACUGGCAAACUUUUAUCUCUGCUCCAUUACCGAUACUUAAUGGGCCACAAUUCCACAGGGUCAUACAAGUUGCCUAAGAAUUGCAAAAUUAAGCUUAAAUAUCAACAUAACAUCUGUGCAUUGAACUGUGUGGGGAAAAAAUGGCAAAAAAUUGAAUUACCACCUUGUAAUUUUUUUCAUGUCUAAGAAAGUAACACAAUAUCCAUCUUUGUUAGAAUAUGCUUGUGGCCACAGAACAUCUGAGGUCUUUUGCACUCUUUUCUGGUUAUACAAUACAUUUGCUUUUUUUAUAAACAGUUUCCAAAAGGAAUGCAAACAUUGAAACAAUGUAAGAAUCAAUAUUCACAUACUGUAGACUGACCAAAUAAAAAGUUGCUGCUACAGAAGAGUCUAAUUAUUGGGCUAUAUUGAGCAAAGAAAAUAUUGGGUUAGGAAACAUCAAAUGUAUUAUUAAAACCUGCAACAAUUUAGUGGUAAAUUGAUAACUUUGCGGGAGAAAUGUGAAACAAAUAAUGAAUGAUCAUAAUUUGAGAUUACUUAAAUGCUUUGU